CAAACAGACUAACUCUAAUAUCAAAAAUGAAACUGGCAGUAAUUGCAGCUGUUAUCGCCGUUUUUGCUGGUCUGGCUAACGGAAUUCCAUAUGCCACGCAGUGCAGCGGUGUGAAUGAGGUAUUCCUCACUUGUGGAUCGGCUUGCCCAACAACCUGCAAUUCCUAUCGGUACGGAUCUCAAUGGUGUGGUCUUUCUUGCCAGCGAGGAUGUUUCUGCCGUUCGGGAUACAUCCGUAAUUCGAUAGGAGUAUGUGUUGAACCGAUUCGGUGUUCGGGAUACUAUGGAAAUCCCUACGGUUACUAUUCUUCCGGCUACUAUUCCUCCAGCUACUACGGUUAUGGCAAUGUUCUGGGAUCGGCAUAUUACUGA